GCCUCGUGCAGCUGCGCGCCUGCGCUCAUCUCAUCCAUGCUCCUUGGAACGAGGCAAAAAGCAAAACCGGGCCGACUUGACAGAACAGUUCAGAGCGACACAGAUCGGACGAGUGACAGACGCGCUUGUCUAUGAUACACUUUUACUGAAUGAACCACAUUUCCCUGACGUCUUUGCGCAGCAUUUAACAUCUUUUCUUAGCAUCUAGCAAAUGCGCGGGUAUUUUAUGCGGUUUUAGAACGGUCGUUUCGUGGCAGUUAUGACUUUAUCGUAAAGAAGAACCGAUCUGUAAGAAAAACAGAAGUGCAUCUGGAGAGAGUGCAUCUUGUCUCUGGGUGUUGCAUUGGAGAUUCUGUCAUAAACCUGCAUGACUUUACUGGGGCUCAACAUGACGACAGCAGUAGACACAAACAACACAGGUGGGGUAAUAUCAUACAUCGGAUCGUGUGGAGGGUCUCCCAACCGCACCAGCCCUGUGUCCAUGUACAGUGAGAAUUCCAACAGCAGCCUGCAGUCCUAUACACAACCCUGCUUUGGCUCUUCAUUCCCACCUUCCCCCAAUGGAUCCCACGAUUCCUCACGGAUGUACACCAGCAGCAGCAGCUCGAGUUCAGGAUCAGGAGAGGAAGGAAGCUCAUCGUGCUCUGGUGGAUCCCCAAGAGGCCGCGAUGAUGUUGGAAGUGCACGCAAUUCACCCAACAAAUCAGUCGCCACCCUUACUAAGCUGAAUGGAAUGGUGUUGCUGUGCAAAGUGUGUGGCGACGUGGCUUCAGGAUUUCACUAUGGUGUCCAUGCCUGUGAGGGCUGCAAGGGUUUCUUUCGACGCAGCAUCCAGCAGAACAUCCAGUACAAAAAGUGCCUUAAGAACGAAACCUGUACCAUUAUGAGGAUCAACCGGAACCGGUGCCAGCAGUGCCGUUUCAAAAAGUGUCUGUCUGUGGGAAUGUCCCGGGAUGCUGUUCGUUUCGGCCGUAUCCCGAAACGCGAGAAACAGCGUAUGCUGGCCGAGAUGCAGAACGCCAUGAACAACAUGGUGAACAACCAGCUUCAGAAUGAAUUCCAGCUGGCGAGCAUCACAUCCAACACCCCCUGCUCUUCGUCUUCAUCCCCAUCCUCAUCUCCGUGCCCGGGGCUUACACUGGGACCGCAACCCCAGCCCCCCGCAGUGCCCAUAGCAUCGUCCCCUUCCCCUCCGGCCCCAACCUCCCCUUCGGUGCAGCCUGCUCAGAGUCCCUCGGCUCUGACUUCUUCUCCACCACCGUGCUCCAGUCCAGGGGUAGACAAAACCAUCGCCGCCAUAACCAGAGCACACCGCGAGACUUUCAUCUAUGCCCAUGAUAAGUUAGGUCCAGCACUUCUGCCUCACAACGGUGAACUGGACAACCAGAGCAGCAACCGCUGCAUGGCUGGAUAUCACCUCAAUGGCCACAACACCAUCUACCACCAUGAUAAUAAUAUCGCUCAUCAUUGCAGCAACUUUGAGAUGCCACCAGAAAAUGGCCUCCAUUUUCAAGCGCCUGGACAACAUCAGCAGCACAAUAACAACGGUCAGCAAACUCCAAACAGUAACCUCUUUGGCAUCCACCACAGUCAGGAGAUGAACAGCAGCUCCCAGGGUCAGAACUGUCCGUGGAAAAAACACAAGGAGAUUCUGCUGGCUUGUCCAAUGAACAUGCAUCCUUACUCAGACCCUAACAAAACACCACAGGAAAUCUGGGAAGACUUCUCUCUUAGCUUCACCCCAGCGGUCAGAGAGGUGGUGGAGUUCGCCAAACACAUCCCAGGGUUUAGCACGCUAUCCCAGAACGACCAGGUCACUUUGCUGAAGGCCGGAACGUUUGAGGUCCUCAUGGUGCGCUUCUCCUCUCUGUUUAACGUAAAAGAGAGGUCUGUAACGUUCAUCUCGGGCACCACCUACAGCGUGGAGGCCCUGAAAAGCAUGGGCAUGGGUGAUCUGCUGGGAACCAUGUUCGACUUCAGUGAAAAACUCAACGCAUUAGAGCUCUCAGCAGAAGAACUCGGACUCUUCACUGCAGUCGUGCUGGUGUCUGCAGACCGUUCUGGCAUUGAAAACGUGAAUUCAGUGGAGAUGCUUCAGGAAAGUUUAAUCCGGGCUCUCCGAUCCCUCGUCAGCAAGAACGCCCCUAAUGACGCCUCCCGAUUCACCAAGCUGCUGCUCAAACUUCCUGACCUGCGCACGCUGAAUAACAUGCACUCAGAGAAGCUGCUCUCUUUCCGCAUUGACGCCUGAGGUUUCAAGAAGCUGGUGAAAGUGGGUCACCGCUGGUUGACUGAAAGACAGAAUGGGUACAAACAUUAGAACUCUUUCCAAGAGAACCCACCAGAAAGCAAACUCGUGGCUUUGGCACUAAAAAGCACUUGAGGACAGAUUUAAAGGGACACUUUGGUGUCUAAUGGUCGGUCAAUAGCCUUUAUGGCUUGAUAACCAUAAAGGGUCCCUGAGCCA